CUGCUGGGCUACUGGUACUUCCAGAAGACGUGGUGCGAGAUCUACCUGGCCUUGGACGUGCUCUUCUGCACCUCGUCCAUCGUGCACCUCUGCGCCAUCAGCCUGGACCGCUACUGGUCCGUCAGCCGCGCCAUCGAGUACAACGCCAAGCGGACGCCGCGCCGCAUCAAGUGCAGCAUCCUCAUCGUCUGGACCAUCGCCGCCGUCAUCUCCCUGCCGCCCCUGGUCUACAAGGGCGAGAAGAAGGCGGCGCCGGGCGGACGGCCGCAGUGCAAGCUCAACGAGGAGGCCUGGUACAUCCUCUCCUCCAGCAUCGGCUCCUUCUUCGCCCCCUGCCUCAUCAUGAUCCUCGUCUACCUGCGCAUCUACCUGAUCGCCAAGCGCCGCCACCGCCGCGGCAGAGCCCCCCCCGCCGCCCCCAGCCCCUCGGGUUCGGCGCCCCCAAACGCCGCCCCCACCACCGAUGGGGACACCCGGGGACCCCAUCCCCUGCCGGCAGACAGGACCUCGCUGCUCAGCCCCGAGGAGCCGUCGGCGGCAGCGGUGGCGACAGCGGGGGCCGGCCAGGGGUCCGAGGGGUCCCCACAGCCCGUGGGGCGCCCCAGGGACACGUUGGCCACGGGGACGGGGCGGGUGGUGCUGGCACCCACGCUGAGCCCCAGCCCCUGGCGGAGGAAGGCGCAGGCGAACCGGGAGAAGCGCUUCACCUUCGUGCUGGCCGUCGUCAUCGGCGUCUUCGUCCUCUGCUGGUUCCCCUUCUUCUUCCUCUACAGCCUGGGCGCCGUCUGCCCCCGGCGCUGCAAGGUGCCCGAGGGCGUCUUCCAGUUCUUCUUCUGGAUCGGCUACUGCAACAGCUCCCUCAACCCCGUCAUCUACACCGUCUUCAACCAGGACUUCCGCAAGGCUUUCCGCCGCAUCCUCUGCCGCCGCGGCGCCCGGACGGCGUGGUGAGGGGCUCGCCCCCGCCCGGAGGCACUGCACCUUGCCCCCCCAGCCCCCCGACGCUACGACGGGUUCGUGCCGCGGUUUUCGGGGAGCUUUGCUCUUCCUUCCACCCCUCUCACCUUCGCUGUCUCUGCCGGUCC